CGUCACUCAACACAUAGCUAUCAUGGCAUCCACCAAAGCCUCGAAAGAGCAAAAAUACGACCGGCAGCUCAGGCUGUGGGGUGACCACGGCCAGGAAACACUGGAAAAUGCACACGUGUGUCUCAUCAACGCCACGGCGACGGGAACGGAGAUACUGAAGAACCUCGUACUUCCAGGUAUUGGAGCAUUCACUAUAGUAGAUGGGCACACAGUCACAGGUGAAGAUGUUGGAAACAACUUUUUCCUCAGCAAAGACAGCAUAGGAAAGAACAGGGCACAGGCUGCCACCGAACUGCUGCAAGAGCUGAACAGUGAUGUCUCUGGAAACUUUGUCGAGGAGGGUCCAGAUAAGCUUUUGGACAACGAUUCAGAAUUUUUCCACAGGUUUACCAUAGUCAUUGGUGUCCAGCUACCAGAAAGCACGUGUUUGAGGCUCGGCUCAGUUCUUUGCAGUGCCUCUGUACCUUUCCUAGUCUGUAAGACCUACGGCCUCAUUGGCUACAUGAGACUGGUGGUGCAGGAGCAUACAGUGAUUGAAUCUCACCCAGACAAUGCCUUGGAGGAUCUAAGGUUGGACCAACCCUAUGCUGAAUUUCAGAACCACAUUAAGUCAUAUGAUCUUGACAGCAUGGAGAAGAAGGAUCACAGUCACACACCGUGGAUAAUCAUUGUUGCUAAAUACCUGGAGAAAUGGCUCAGUGAGCAUAAUGGUCAGCCACCAAAAAACUACAAGGAGAAGGAGGCCUUCAGACAGCUCAUUCGGGAAGGGAUCAGGAAGAAUGAGAAUGGUGUCCCAGAGGAUGAGGAAAACUUUGAGGAAGCUAUUAAGAAUGUCAAUACUGCUUUAAAUCCUACCAAGAUUCCUAGCGCUGUUGAAGACAUCUUCAAUAGUGAGCAGUGUAAAAACAUCACAGCACAGAGUCCAUCCUUCUGGGUGAUGCUGCGAGCUGUCAAAGAAUUUGUUCACAACGAGGGAAAUGGAAGCCUACCCGUACGAGGAACCAUACCUGACAUGAUUGCAGAUUCUCAGAAGUUUAUCAACCUUCAAAAUGUUUACAGGGAAAAGGCCAUGCAGGAUGCAGCAGCUGUUUCUAAACAUGUAGAAUCUCUGUUACAGUCUGUUGGAAAGCCAGCAGAAAGCAUUCCUGAGAAGGACAUCAAACUGUUCUGUAAGAAUGCAUCCUUUCUGCGGGUGGUGCGCUGCAGGUCUCUGGCUGAAGAAUAUAGUGUGGAUACAGUAAACAAAGAUGAAAUCACCUCCUGCAUGGACAGUCCGGAUAGUGAGAUGGUCUUCUACCUCAUGCUUCGAGCUGUUGAUCGUUUCUAUCAGCAGCACUCUCGCUACCCAGGCGUUUAUAACUACCAGGUGGAGGAAGACAUUAGCAAACUGAAGGUCUGUGUGAACAGCCUACUGCAGGAGUACAGCCUCAAUGUCAACAUCAAAGACGACUAUAUCCAUGAGUUCUGUCGAUAUGGAGCGGCAGAGCCACACACAGUUUCUGCAUUUUUGGGAGGAUCAGCUGCUCAAGAGGCCAUAAAGAUUAUCAGCCACCAGUUUGUGCCAUUUAACAACACUUUCCUUUACAAUGCAAUGUCACAGACGUCAGCCACGUUGCGUUUGUGAGUACGAUUACUGAAGCUGCUUACGGAAAAAAUGAGAGAAAAAUGGCACAAGGAUAAACAGGAGUGUAAGAGUUUUAAGUAGUAAAACUGGACAUUGGGAUUUGAUUUUUACAAACAUGCAUAUACUUAAACCUAGAAGUGCUUCUCACUGAGAAGAAGCAUUUUAGACUGAACUGUCAGUUCAUAGUGUUUCAGCUUCUUCUCAAAGUUCGGGAAAUCAAGAGAUCACCCAUCACACACUUUCUGUUAAGCGGACCUUUAAGCCAGAAAUGAAACUGUCAGAUUCCAAACCUCAAUGUAGUAUUUUCAUUUGAAAUUCAACAUUUAUGGAUGAUGUAUUACAGUGUAGUGGCACUUUGUAUACAUUAGUCACAACUGUCUUAUUGUAUUUGGAACAAGCUAUGUAAAACUUUAGCGUUGAACUGUCUUGUAUUGCGAUAAAACAUUAAACAUUUUAUUUGAUGCGU